AUGGAAUUGUCACCAGAUGAAGAAAAAAAUAUCCCACCGGUGCCAAUAAAAACAUAUCAGUGGGAAGAUUUGAGAAGAGCUCGAGAGGCUGGAGGUUAUCCUUGGACACAUUUACUUAAAGUACCUCUUCAGGGGCAAAUAACAGCAGAGGAUAUCAUCAGAUCAACAACGCCCAGACAAAGUAUGUCUCGUGAAUUUUCGAGGUCACGAACUCACUCCCCGGUAGUUGGGGAUGUACAAAAGAUUUUAAAUUUAGAUUCAUCUCCUGGAAGUAGCCGUAAACACGAUGACGAUGGAAGAGAUGAAGGUGUUCAUAUACCGAACUUCUCUAAAGAGAUAUCUUUAGAUUCUGAAGAUGAUUUUUUAAAUAAAAACACAGUAUCAAAAUCGUCCAUAAAUCUCGUUACUCCAAUAGAAAUCCCAAAAAAUAUUUCUCCCAAAAGUAUUUUAAAACGUCGGGCACCAGAACCACAAUAUAUUGGAGUUACGGAAACGCGCGAAAAAACCAAAUGUUGUCAUCCUCUUGUGAAUAAAAUAAAACAUUUAGCUGAUAAAACGCUACAAAAAUUAGAUAAGAUCGAAAGUGAAAAAUCUCCACUAUCAAAGCGAAAGAAAAAUGAAGAAUCCCAAGAAAUAAGGCAGUUAAAAAACUCACCCAGUGCCGUACGUCGACAAAAAUUUAGUGCAAUAAAGUUAGGGGACUCGGAUGAAGUAAGUAAAACAAUCUGCAUAGACACACCCCCACCCAGAAAGAGAAAAGAACAUAUUUAUGAGGAUAUAGAUGAUGCAAAAGGAAUAUCUUUUGAAAAUCUUCAAAAUAUAUCCCAAGAUAAGGUAGGAGAAUUACAAAAAGAUAACGAUAUUCAUGUCGAAAAGAGAUCUACUAAAUCCUACGACCCAAGUUUAGUCGCUGAAGAUACAUCGUCUUUAAAGGAAGAAGAACAUGUUAUGGAAAUAUUACAUAAAAAUAUUGACCAGACUCAUAACGGAGUUAUAACAGAGGAUGAUCAUGAUGUAGCUGAAGAUGCAGUUCAUCAAGCAACACCCAACACUUAUAAUACCUCUCACAACAUUACAAUUACUGAAAUCACUGAUGAUGAAUCUACGAGUAAUAUGGAACAAUCUUCAACGGUACCUAUUGAAGUAUCACCUAGUCCAAGUCCCAGAGAAAUACAACGAAAACGGAAGGAAGAAUUUCAAGAUAACGAUUGGUCUAAACCAAGCAGCGAUCACGAAUAUGAAAUCAUCGAAAAGCCAUCCCCAAAUAUUACUUACACGGCCCCAAGCGUAGAUGACACACCCAAAAUGGUAAAAACCGAAGACGAAUUGUCAAGUAUUUCUUCUUUAGAACGCAAAUAUUUACAAAAUCAAUCUGAUGAAGAAGAAAUUGAAAGCAAAGAAAGUAUAAAUGAAGAUAAAAAAGAUAGUGCGAUGAGUGCAGAAGCUUUACAAAAAGAUAUUGAAGAACGUUUUUUCGUUAAUACGCCUUCGACAGUAUCAAGAACUGAAUGUGAAAUUAGUACCAGCCAGGUUGACUCGUCUGCGUUGGAAAAUUUACCAUUAAAAAGAGACAGCCGUACAAAAAAUGGAGAGAGCAUUGACAGUAAAAUACAACAACGAUUAAAGGAGGGAACAGGAAAAUUAAAAUCUCAAGCUGGAAAACUAAGAACAAAAAUUAAUAAUAUGAAGAUGCCUGAUCGACCUAAAUUUAAAAUGCCAGAAAGACCCAAAUUUUCAUUUCCCGAUAAAAGUAAAUUUAGCCUACCAGAGAGAUCUAAAAUUAAGAGCUUCAAUAUAAAAGAAAGGUUUUCCUUGGGAGAACGAAGAAAGUUUUCUUUGCCUGACAGGCCAAAAUUUAAUGUUCCCGAGUUUCCGAAGUUUAAAAUGCCGGAAAGACUUCUAACUAACUUCCAGAGUUUAGGAAGGAAAAAAGAGUAUAAAGUAGAUGAUAACACUGAAUCUACUUCCGACUUACAAAACACAGCCACCGUAGACUUCGAAGUAAAAACAUAUCCAAGACUAUUUUCAAAAAAAAAUAAAACUCCUCUAGCUAAAACAUCGUCUUCUCCCACUUUAAAUAGAGAAGAUACACCACCUCCCACUUUUACCUUUACUCGUAUGAAAAAGCCGAUGGAAAAAACAGCUUAUGAUCCUGUUAGGUCAGAAGAACCACGAGAAUACGGUAGUCUCGAUAACAAAGACGGUGAUUUUACUUCUGAUACCGUAGAAAAAAAACAAUUUGAAACGAUGUAUGAUUUUGAUAGAAUGCCCUCAUAUGACUACGAAGAGGAUGAACAAGAAUUCCAGAAAACUGAAAAUUCACACCCAGUUUCACAAUUGAUGCCAAAUCAAGAAUUCACGCACAUAAACGAAAUAAAUAAUGACGAAUUUUUCGUUCGACCGAGAGGAAUAUCUCGAGAAAAUAUACAAGUAAGGGAGUACUUGAGCGAUGAAAUACGACAAGCGUUUCAGACACCGAAAAAUGUUUUGGUCACUAUGGGAACGGAUUCUAGAGAUGACGGGCACAUGUAUGCCAACGACUUAGAUGUAGAUAAUGAUAUAAUCGACGAUGAAAAUAUCAAAUACUCAACGGAAGAUCUUAAUGAAAGGGAUGACGGAUAUUACACAUUCCCACCCGUUAGACCAUCUAGAGCAAAACGAAAGAAGAAAGAAACUGAUUCGAUAAAAUAUAUUGACGAUAGCGUAAAUGCCAGUAUGCAGUUUAGUGACGUAGAUUUGGGAAUUUCUGACGAACAACUUGAUGAUCAACCUAUGAAUGAUAACUUACAAGGUCAUACCAAUCAGGAAUUCUCAGACUUCCCUCCUCCAACUGAUUUACGUUCCAUUCACGAAUAUGCAAAUGACGAAAUUAUCGAAUAUCCUGAUCAAUUAGUUCAAUCACAAACACUUCCUAUGCCACCAAAACGGAAAAAGAAGUUUGGAAAACAAGACACAAAUUCCUCUUUGGCAACCUUCGAUAGUUUGAUACUUCCGGAAAAUUUUGAGAAACCUCAGGAUCGCAGCGAAGAUAUAAUCGUGUAUCGAACUGAACACGAAUACACUGUUCCUCAAGCUGAAUCAGCUAUAGAUCCAAGUCCUGCGCCACCAAAACGAACCCGUUCGAGAAGUUCUCGUGAACCAUCUCUGUAUGACGAUGAUCGAACUUCGAGAGGGGCAGAUUCUCUAAUACUUGACACAAAUCUACCACCCGCCAGUGGCAUUGAUGGGAGAUCAGAAAGUUGUCAUGAAAGUCCAGGAUAUGCUACUGUUGAUAAAGGGGGUACUCAACAAAUUAAAACGGCUAGAAGAUCUAAAAGCAAAACACCACCACGACGCAGGAAAAGUAAUAGUUCUGAAAGAAAGUAUUACACUGUGGGCAGUAGUAAAACUGUUGUUCCAAGUAGACCGCCUAGGAAAAAAUCAUCUAUAAGUCUUACGACAUUAGAUAGCUUCGCUCGAAGAUCUAUAAGUGGUGACUUUACGCAAUAUGAUGAGAUAGAUGAACCGCAGGUUGAGGACGUACAUAAGGACUUAAAAUCAGGAGAAAUUUUAAAUAAAAUGAAAGAUAGACCGUUGCCCCCUCCACCUCGCCCACCCAGGGGACCAAGAAAAAAGAAAAACUCAUCAGUGGAUGGACUGAAUGAACUAGAUAAAAUAAUGAAUAUAGAGAGCCCACUGACAAAGUCUCCUUCCCCCUACUUAUCCAGUGAACUCCAUCAAAGUGAUAUAGUAGAAAUAGAAGUCUCUACACAAACAGACCCUCUUCCAGAUGAUGUUGAUUUUGACAUAGAAGAAAACUUGAAUAUGUCCAUGUCUAGUUCCUUAAGGGAUCUCGUAAAUGAAGAUUCCAUGCUUGGUAAAUUAUCAGAUAAAACAGGUUCUCGGCCUACGUCAAGAUCUGAAAAAUCAUUAAAACUGUCUGACCCAAAAAUAUCUGGCCUCGGACGUUCAUCGCCCACUGUAAUUUUAGUUGAAAAACGUGUAUCAAGUCCAACUAGAAUAAACGAAAGAGACGAAAUGUUAACCGAAGCAUCAUUAACUGUUCAACCUAUAGAUGUUGAUCAAAGAGAAUAUCCUGAAGUACCACCCUUACCAAAAUCAAGAAAAUCUUCUGCACCUAAGCCUUCAGCUGCUACAUUAAGUGACCGUACCCUUGAAAGAAUUUCUGUUGAGACAAGUCGUGAUGUUCAAUUAGAUAACUUGGUUACACAAAGAUUGCAAGUGAGAGAUCUAGAUGUCGGUAGAUUAAACGUCUCUGAAUUACAAGCUACUAAAAUCCUUGUAUCAGAUAUUGAAGGUAUGACACUUCAGGUUAAUGAACUAGAUUCGAAAUCAGGCCAUAUAUCAGUAAGUGGCAUAGAAUUCUCGCAAUCCGUUAUUGAUGAAAUUGCUAAGAAGUUUGCAGAAAUGACUGCAGUUAAUUCAAAUCAAGCAUUUACUCAAGCACAGCCAAGUGUGGCACAGAUACCUUCAACUCCUAAGGCCGAAAACAAAGAAGAGGAGACGCAAACAGAGGCAUCUCAAGAAGAAAGGAAAAAGGAAAGUAACAUUGUUGAAAAUAUUGAUGAUGAUUCUCUGUCUGCAACAUUUGCACCUCCCCUUAAUAUCGAAGAGAAUAUACCACCUCAAAGACCCCCGCCUCCUGAUCUUACUCCACUUUUAUAUUCAUAUUUACAAGACCUUGCGUCCCCACCCCCUCAAAUUUUUUUUCCUCGAAACCUACCACCUACAAAUUUGCCAGAGGCCCUCCACACAACACCAGCCCCACCUUUACGGCGAUCAAAACGUAAGCCCGCCGGAGCUCUAAGCGAAUCUAGUUCUGAUGAUACAAGACCUAGACCUUCGCCUCGAAGAAUGCCUGUUCCGGUCAGGUCUCAGGAGCCAACUAUCACCGAGGCAGGUGCCCAAUUCUUAAGAGUGUGCCAUAAUUCUAUUACUCGUGCUGUAAGGAAUUUAUAUACUUCCUUUAUGAACUACGUCCAUGGUGCGCAAGAUAAAAGAGAUGUCCAAAUGGCUAUGGUUAUAUGUUUAGUGCUAGUCGCAGGUUUGAUCAUGUUUGGCUUAAGCGAUAGUAGGGCUGUACACCAUCACCAUUGGGAGUUUUUCAACCCUCCAGACAUACCCCAAUAA